AUGGGAAAUACUUGUAAUUCAUGUGAAUCCACCUCAGUGGUCACAGCAAAGCUGAUCUUUGAAGAUGGCAAACUCGAAGAAUUUUCAUACUCAAUCAGGGUUUCGCAGAUAGUACGAAGAAACCCUAAGUGUUUUGUAUGCAAAGCAGACGACAUGGAAUUUGAUGAAUAUGUUCCAGCGAUCAAUGAAAACGAACAUCUUCAGUUAGGCCGUCUUUACUUCGCGUUGCCAUCAAGUUGGUUAAACAAUCCUCUUAGCACUGAACAGAUGGCUGCCUUGGCAGUGAAGGCAAAUUCAGCCCUGAAGAUGAGUACCAGGGGCGGAUUUUGUUGGUGUUGGAUAAAGAAAGUGGAUCCCGCGAUUGAGUGGAGUAGCAAGAGCCCUAGUGAUGAGACUAGUCCGAUGGUGGCGGCAGGCACCCACAGUGAUGGCGGAGGAUUUGUUGCGGAGAGAAGAGGGAAGAGUGGUGGCAGAGAAAGGAAAUCAACGACUAGAUUGACUCCAAGAUUGAGUGCUAUCUUGGAGGAGUAA